AUGCUAUCGCUAUCGCGAAAGGGGUUUUCGGACGGCGCGGUAUCUAAUACACUCUCGGAAGAGAAUAGCGCAACUAGGGGAAUAUCCCCGUCGCACACCAACGCAGUUGCCGAAUUUCGCGCCGAUCUCGACAUGGCAAGUAAAGACGUUGUCGAGGAGAUGAUGACGUACGAAGAGAAAUUUUUCAAGGAGAUUGAGAAAGAGGCCGGGAACAUUAUGCAAUCGUUCCUGAAUCGCUGA